CCUUGCAGGUUACAAAUUUGUGCUUUAGUUCCAGCUGAUGCUAAUUACUUUAAUAUAAUUAAUGUCUUCAGGCACCACUGGGAGGGUUGGAAGCGCUGCAGACAGCGAGUGAUCCUCCUUCCUUCUACACCUCCAGGUGUAGAGAAACCAGACGUUCCUCUCUCAUGUUUUAUUUCGGGAGGCUGAAGCUGUGGCUCAGGGGGGACUUAUCCUGGCAGUGGGAGGUUUUCCUGCCCUCUUCUCUUCUCCACGUGUUUUUGAGUCUCGAGAUCCGAAACCAGUUCCUGUUUCUGGAGGUCGGCGCAGGAGAUGAAGCACAUGGAGAACAUAUCCAGCCUGUUACAGGGCAGCAGCCCGGGCGAGUAUCAACGGCUGGAUCCCAGAUCGGAACGAGAGGCGGUUGCCGCUCCCGGCGAGCGGCCCUGGGAGAUGAUCAUGGACAAGAAGCACUUUAAGCUCUGGCGGCGGCCGAUCGAGGGCACCCACUUGUACCAGUACCGAGUGUUUGGGUCCUACACGGAUGUGACUCCCAGGCAGUUCUUCAAUGUACAGCUGGACACUGAAUAUAGGAAGAAGUGGGACUCACUGGUCAUCAAAUUGGACGUAAUCGAGAGAGACCUGGCCACCGGAUCGGAAGUGAUUCACUGGGUCACUCAUUUCCCGUACCCUAUGUACUCGCGAGACUACGUAUACGUUCGACGGUACAGCGUAGACAAAGAGAACAACCUGAUGGUGUUAGUCUCACGGGCAGUGGAGCAUCCAAGUGUCCCUGAAGACCCCGAGUAUGUUCGGGUCAGAACCUAUGAAUCCCAAAUGGUCAUCCGGCCCCACAAAACCUUUGAUGAGAACGGUUUCGACUACUUGCUGACCUACAGCGACAACCCGCAGACCGUGUUCCCCCGUUACUGCGUCAGCUGGAUGGUCUCGAGUGGCAUGCCGGAUUUCCUGGAAAAGCUGCACACAGCAGCCCUGAAAGCUAAAAAGAUGGAGAUCGAAGUGCGGGACUAUAUGUCUGCCAAGCCCAUCGAGAGCGGCGGCAGCGAGGGGAAGGCGAGCGUGGCAGCAGCGGAGCACAAGAGCGAUGGUACCUGCAGCCCUGCCCAGCUGGAAUACGCCUGAGCAGCCAAACCUCCGGCCCCGGGAUGGGAUGGGGGGCUCCGGAGCUCCAGAGAGGGAACCUGUGCCGUGCCGCCGCCGGAGCUUAGCUCAGUCUUUUCCCUCCCCGUCUCAUCUCCAAAGCUCUGCUCCCGCGUGAGGACGGGGAUCCUGCCCCCCGCGCCGUCUGUGUUCGUGGCCAGGCCGAUGAAAUCUCAUGCCCUAGAAUCAUUUUUCUGUACUGGUAAAUGUUUCCUCUCCCCGACAGGAAAAAAAAAAAACCAAAAAACUCCAAGCAAACCCUAAAACCCCAUCUUCUAUCACGGCACAGCCAGCCCCUCCUCCCCUCCUCCCUCUUCGGACUCUCAACCCCAAAUAUUUUUGGGUCUUGGCUUUUCUACCACGGCGGCUGGAUGAGGACGCUCCAAGUCACCACCUCAGGUUUUUGGGGUUUGUGUUUUGUUUUUGUUUUUUUUCCCCCACCAAAAAA